AUGACUUUCCAGCCCUCCGACUACUUGUCGAAUUUGAAUCUCGUGUUUGAUAACUCCGAUGUCUCGCCCUUGGACGAGGCCAGUCACAAUGCUGACUUGGGCUUUUUUUCCCAGACAGACUUUUUUGACUUGGACGUCUUUUCCCAUGACUUUGCCGCCAGGGAAAAGCAGAACAUGUCCUUGAAGAUGCCACUGCACCCUGCCAACAUGGCUGCAAAAACAGAGCCAGAAUACCGCGUGCCUGUCAAGCAGGAGGAGAUCGAUUCGGCAGUAGUAGGGCCACACGGUUCGAGCACAAAAGCAACUAUGGAAAUGUCGCCUGGCCUGGCCACGAGCAGCCCCUGCUCCUCGACCGAGCCUGCUAAUCCGGCAGACACCAUGGAGGUGAAGAGACGUAGAAACACGGCGGCCAGCGCUCGGUUCCGUGUGAAGAAGAAGUUGAAGGAGAAGGAAAUGGAACAGCGAGCUCGUGAUCUCCAGGAUCGCUUGGGUCUGCUUGAGAAGAAGUUGCGCACUUUGGAGAUGGAAAACAAGUGCUUGAGGCAAUUGAUAGUGGAGAAGACCGAAAAGAAGAAUAGCGACUUGUUGGAGAGCAUUAAGAAGCGGUCUCUUGGCGGCAUGAGCAGUGACGGCUACAACACCGCCAACUCGUUCACCUAUACUAACUGA